AGACGCGAGCCGCAUAUAAUCUAUUCUAUGUGCGAUCUACCGUGAAAUAAAAAGGAAUGAGACGCACUUUUUAUUAUGUACUAUACUCUCUCUCUCUCACUCCCCCUCCCACUAUAUAUACUUUUUGUCUUUUUCCUCCCCGGACCUUCCGCCCCUUCCCCUUCAUUUUCCUUCUCUAUAGUCCCAAACGGAGAACCUAUAUACGUCCACUCUAAAUCGAAAAAAAAGAUGAUGGAAGGAGCAGUACCAAGACAACCAGCGAUAUCGCUUCAAUUCAGUGUAGUUGGCAUGACUCAUAUGUAGUACAUUGAAUAGUGACAGAUGCGGAAGCUAUUUUCCAAUGUUGCCCCGCACGCGUACAUGUCGCGAUUUACCGAGAUAUAGUAACUUUAGUGCGAAUUUUUCGCAAGAUAUAAAAACCUGCAGGAGUUUUGCACUAUCAUACUACUGU